AUGUCCUCGCGCAGCAACGGAGCAUCACAAACAACGAGCUUGAGGGAUCCCGGAGAAGCAAAGCAACAAGCGACCGCGAUCCCCGCGGAUUCAGGCUACAUCCAGUUAGGCGACCCCGACAAGCCCAGCAGCGCAGCCACCAUCCCCUUCCGCUCCCUUAUUCCCCCUCCGGAGCACCAAAGAUCGCCGAUCGCGGCGCCCGCGUGGCUCGUCAACAGGCUCGAGCGCAAGAAUCUCGAGCAACCAUUUCGGGGAUUUACGAGCGACGGAAGGGUACGCGAGGAUGUGUAUCGAUAUGGGGAAGACGAAGGAGCGCCAGUACGGGAGAUGACCGAAGCGGCGGAGGAAUUGCUGAGGGUGUUGAGCGAGGAAGAGAGGACAAAUGUGUGGGCUGGAGACGUGGAGAGUGACGAGUUUCGGGUGUGGUCGAAUCCAGAACUUUAUGUCAAUCCAGUCGUCCAAACGGCAGCACACGCUCUCCUUCGCGCCUCGCUAUCCAAAGAAGGUUACGAUAAAGCGCUCGGAUGCACCCUCACGAAUGGCUUCCUCGGUGACCUCGUCGACGGCCCACGCGUGCUCAACAAGCACUCAUACAACAUCCGCCUCUUUCACUCACCUCAGUCAUCCAACCCACCGAAGCCGUCUCUCACAGAACCAUGGGGCUUCACCUUCUUCGGACACCAUCUCGCUCUCAAUAUUCUGGUAUGCAGCGCGCGCAUGGUCAUCUCUCCGACCUUCCUCGGUGCCGAGCCCGAUGUCAUCGACACGGGCCCACACGCUGGCCUUUGCCUGUUCUCGGACGAAGAGCUCGGCGGGCUGGAGUUCAUGCGCUCGCUACCGGGCGAAUGCAGAGAGAAGGCGUGGAUCAGCAGGUCUCUUGGACCUGACGGGCUCGGUGAAGGACGAUGGAACCCAUUCGACGAGAGGCAUGUAGGCGGAGCGAGGCAGGAUAAUCGAGUUGUACCCUAUGAGGGCUGCCCAGCCUCCCUCCUACCUGCCACUAACCAAACUGCCCUCCUCUCACUCAUUCGCACGUUCUACACCUACCUCCCGCCAGGCCCGCUCUCCUCUUUUCUCGCCCGCGCCUCUUCUCAUCUCAAUAAGACGUACUUUGCGUGGAUCGGCGGGAUAAGCGACGACGACGCGUACUAUUUCCGGAUCCAGUCCCCUGUCGUGUUCUGCGAGUUCGACUUCCACUGCGGGAUUUUUCUCACCAAUACCUCGCCCGCCAAGUGCCAUGUCCACACGGUUACGCGUUUGCCGAAUGGAGGAGAUUAUGGGAAGGCGCUGUUGACGCAAUGGCGCAAGGAGCAGGCUGCGGCGCGCGGAUCAGUCAGGCUGUGA